CCUCCAUUCCCGCCGGCUGAGUUGUCAAAGAAGAUGACAAUGAAAAAUAGUGAGGAAAAAAAAACGAUUAAUUAUCAGUUCUUGUAGUCUUUGUUUUGAAAUAGAGUCCUUCCCUUUGAUGUUCGUUCAAAUCACAUCUUUCCCUCGUAAUUACUUACAUUUGACUUCGCUUUCAAGAAAAAUGACUAGUACCGAUGAUCCGAUUCCGACGAAAACUGCCUCAAGUACUUUGCCCAAGCCAACGGCACCGCCUGCUAGAAACGUGGAGAACCAGACGCCGGCGUCCGGGCUUGGGGCUCUGGGGAUCCUGGGACGAUUGAGGACACAGGAUCAGCUGAAGAUAGGAUCGUUGGCUUUAAGAGGAUUGGGUUUUCUGUUUUCAUUUCUUGCUUUUAUUAUCAUGGCCACCAACAACUACGGCGAUGGGCAAAAUUUCGACAAUUAUGAAGAAUACAGGUAUGUUUUGGCGAUGGCGAUUAUGUCAACAAUAUAUACAGUGGCACAACUUGUGCGGCAAGUUCACGAGCUGUUUACUGGAAGACAAUUAUUUCCGCCACGGAAUUUGGCGUUGCUUGACUUCUUGGGUGAUCAGAUUAUGGCAUACUUGUUGAUAUCUGCAUUAUCAUCAGCAAUUCCCAAAACAAAUAGGAUGCGAGAGGAGAAAGACACCAUAUUCACGGACAACUCUGCUGCAGCAAUUAGCAUGGAAUUCUUCGCAUUCCUCGCACUUGCAUUUUCUGCCCUUAUCUCUGGUUAUAAACUAUCUAAUGAUUCUAAUCAAUCAUAUGUCUAAGGAAAAGGGAAAAAAAAUCUUUGUUUUGUAACAAAGUUUUUUCUUCGCGUUACUAGAUUCAACUUGUAGUGCUAAAGAGUAUGAUUAAUCUUACCAAACUUUGAAGACUUAAACUAAAGUAUUCAAUGAGUUUAAUUCAGUCGAGUUUCUAAUAAAAUUUUAUUGCCAAUCAAAAAAAAA